CGGAGCGCUCUAACAAUUCGAACAAAAUGGAAUUUCAACUGCUGCUGCCGCUGCCGUUGGUGGUGUGGCUGGCCCUCGCAUUUUCACCCUCAUUUACACCUGUCCGCUGUCAGACGGUGUCCUGCAAUUUGGGAACAAGUGUCCGCCAGAAGCGCAUCGUUAUCCGCAGCCCGGCGACAGGCGAAUUGGCCAAGUUGGACAGUUGCCAGUACCGCGUGGCCCCGUGGAGCAGCCAGGUGUGUCAGGUGCGCGUUGAUUUCGAGCGAUUGGACUUGCCGCAGCCGCAGUUGAAUGCGACUACCCAGCUGCUAGAGUGCCGCGCUUUUGUGCAGAUUCAGCGAUUUCGACUUUGUGGUCGCAGUAACGGUCAGCACUUGUACUUCCCCCUCCGCCGAGGCCAGGAGCUGCAGCUACUCUUCCGCCUAGCCAGCGGUCUUUCCGGCCAGUCCUCGUGGCAGUUGACCCUCACCCAACUGGAGUGUCCCCUCGAAUCGGCUGCUGUGGCAACCCGUCGACCUGCUGUGCAGUUGCCCACGGUUCGUCCCAUACUGCCCUUUCUGGGAAACCUGUUGCCAAGGACCAUAUUUGGUGGCCAAUCGGGCUUGGGGUCCGGGUCGGGACCCGCUGCUCAGCUAAUACAGUCCCUGACCUCGCCUUCGAUGGCCGACCUAGAACUCCUGGCUCCUCUGGGCUGCGAUCAGUACUUCAGGACCCAAACUGGGGGCAUUGUCAGCUUCAACUUCGCAGGUGGCAUCUACAUGCCCAGCACGAGGUACUCCAUUUGUAUAAAGGGAGCGGCCGACGACGAGAUAAGGUAUAAGAUCGAUCACUUUGCGCUGUCCAAGGCCAAUUCAGAUGCACCAGGACCGGCCUACGACACCGACUGUCGCAGUACAGUGAAGACUACCGGUCGAGUGUCCGACUACCUGAGCAUUCCGAACGCGUUCAUGGUCAGUCGGCCGGAGCUACAGGCCAGCUUCUACUGUGGCAGCAACCUCUCGGGGCAGGAGUUGGUGGCACGUCCGCCGUUUGUGAUGCACUUUUCCAGCGACGCUCAGUCGAGUGCCUCCGAAACAGGCUUCCAGCUGACCUACGCUGUCCGGCAGGCCCGGACGGAGCAGCCGGAGCAGACAGAGCUGUAAAUUGGCCGGCAAUAAGCCACAGCCUUAACUAAAUCAACGCACACACAACUCAAAUGGAAUUGACAUUAUUAAAUGUUGCAGUGAUACUCGACCAAUAAACCCACGAGCAUUCCAAGGCUA